UCCAAAAUCGGAUUUCAGCGUGUUUAUGCUCUUGAUGCUGUGCUAUACGCUCGCAGUGACCUCCUUCUGCUUCAUGAUCAGUACCUUCACACAGAAAGCGAACGUAGGAGCAGCAGUCUCAGGAAUUGUAUUCUUCGGAAUUUUCGUCCCUCACAUGAUCUUUAGGGACGAUUACAACGACAUGAGCCACACGACCAAGAUGGUGAUAAGCCUUGACCUCAACAUGGCGAUGGCAUUAGCCAGUGAUGCUUUAGGGGACUACGAGGGAACAGGAGCGGGCGCGAAGUUCUCCAACAUGAAUGACCCUCCCACGGCGGACGGCACCUACAGUAUCACUGAUGCUAUGAUUAUGUUGCUGGUGGACGCAGCCAUCUAUAUGACCAUCACGUGGUACAUGGACAACGUGUAUCCUGGAGACUACGGCGUCCCUCGUCCCCUACACUUUCCCUUCAUGAAAUACGGCGAGAAAGUGGUAGUGAAGAACACAACUCUCAACAUGUAUCAGGGGCAGAUAACUGUGUUACUUGGACACAACGGCGCAGGAAAGACAACUACAAUGUCUAUGUUGACAGGUUUCACCCCGCCUAGCUCAGGCACUGCUGUGAUCAACGGUUAUGACGUCAGAACUGACAUUGAAGGAGUACGCGGCAGUCUAGGGCUGUGUCCACAACACAACAUUCUUUUCGACGGGCUCACAGUGACGGAACACCUUCAGUUUUAUGCACAGCUCAAGGGUUGUCCUAAGGAUCAGGCUAAAGUGGAGGCCGAGACAAUGGUUUCCGAAGUCGGUCUCGAAGGCAAGGAACAGACGCAGUCCCGGCACUUAUCAGGAGGACAGAAGAGGAAACUUUCAGUCGGUAUUGCGCUCAUCUUCGGCUCCAAGGUUGUGUACACCCUGCCCGACCAGCAGUCCGAGAAGUUCGCAGAUCUCUUUAGAGACCUCGACGAACAAAAGGAGCAGCUUGGCAUUGAGGGAUUCGGGACGACGGCUACCACAAUGGAGGAAGUGUGCAUAAAAGUCGGAAGCGCUCCUGAGUAUCACGAAUCGGACAAAGAAGAAGAAGAAGAAGAAGAAGAAGACUCAACUCCAACCUCUUUUUUAACUUCCACAAGAAAUCGGAUCAACGCUCUUUUCGGUUGCAAUGCCCAUACCAAUGCCGACCCGUCGGUGAUCAAACACGAUGACCAUUACCACGUCGAGCCUGACGGAACUCGUUUGGUAGAGUCAGUCGCUUUAGAAAGGACCAGAGAAAAGGGUGAAAUUUUGGAAGACAACAAAGCGCACAUGAGGACAAAAUCUGCACCAUCCAACAAGAGCAAUGGAGCCCUGGUCCACGAUCAAAAUGGAACCGUUACUAUUUCAAAACAGCCUGCUGAUACCCUCAGAUUUAACCGUGGCUACACCAAACUGGAGAACAUGGAGCUGAAAAUAACACAGCUGAAAGCUCUACUAAUCAAGAAAGUCCUAAUAGCAAUGAGACAUAAAUUCAUAUUUAUUUUUCAGCUCACCACACCAAUCGUCUACGCUGUCCUUGCGAACUUUUUUUCGAAUGCUCUUCCCGGGGAUGAUGACGAGACGGAAAGGAUCUUUGACCUCUCGCAUUUCGGAAGAACUUCCGUGCCGUACAGCUAUGGAGUCUGGCCAACGCAACUGUCCCAGACUUUGGCAAUGACCUAUGUUGGUCUAUUUAACAGCACAUCUGAUCUACCUCAUCUUGUAGACAGAGUGGAGUGGCCAAGUUUCUCUGAGUAUCUGCUGCGGGAGGCAAAAGACAACGGCAUCUCCACUUUCAGUGAAGAGGUCAUCAUUGGCGCUGAUUUUGAGUCUGAUAACAGCAGUAGCAAUGCCAGUGUAGUCUCUGCUUUCUUCAACGACCGUCCCUGGCACGCAGAACCAAUAGCCCUGGUCACUGUGAUGCAAGCACUGGUCAAGUAUAUCAUGGGCUCCGACUACAGCAUAGAGACGAGUAUUUUUCCCAUGCCUAUGGAAGCGGAGGACAGAUCGAAGCAGAAAUCUGACUCAGCAGUUCUAAGUGGAGUGACUAUUUCCACGAACAUUACUUUUGGCAUGGCUUUUUUGGUCUCCAGCUUCGUAUUUCCUCUCAUUCAAGAGAGGGAGACGGGUAGCAAGCACCUUCAGAACGUCAGCGGAGUGAGCCCUUUCAUGUACUGGCUACCCAACUUCAUCGGUGACUACAUCAAUUACAUCCUGCCCUCGGUUUUCAUCAUCUUCGUCUUCCUUGCCUUCGACGAGAAGGCGUAUAUCGGAGAUGGGAACGUCUUCCCUUUUUUCCUUCUCUUGGUUGCGUACGGCAUGUCGGUGCUCCCCUUCUCUUACGUACUCCAGUUCCUUUUCAAAGCGCCAGCUUCAGGCUUGGUGGUGACACUCAUGUAUCAUGUCUUUACGAGUAUAUUCAGUACUCUGCUUACAUACAUUGUCAUCAUCACCAGUCGUUCACGGAGUGGUGCUGACACGCUAAGGUAUGCCCUUGGCAUUCUCUUCCCCAACUUCAACCUGGGUAUGGCUAUCGUAGACAUGUACUCUAACCACAAGAACAAAGAAUUCUGUUACGACUACAAUUACCAAGAAGUGUGCAAGCUAAACAUUACUUUCCCUUGUUGCCGAGACUACGGAAACUGCGGAGAUUUCUGCCUGGAUUUUGAGUCAGACACAUUAAGUCUGUCGUCUCCUGCCAUUGGUCGGAACAUCUUGCUUCUGGCACUGCAGUGUGUGUUCUACGCCAGCUUGCUCUUCCUGUUCGAGUACGGAUUUUUCCACAGACUGGCCCGUGCUUACAAAUCCAGAGUCCAAGUAAACGAAUCUUCACCGCUGCUGGAGAGGGACAAUCAGGGGGGAAGCGAUCAGGUCGAAGAUUCUGACCAAUCAGAGCCCAAGUGGAUGACUACUGAAGAUCAUGACGUCAUUAAAGAAGGAGAACGUAUCCAAUUAACCCCUUUGCCUCAGUUGCUGGUCUCAGACUCUCUGGUUAUUGCUGAUCUUGUGAAGCAGUUCGGACAUUUCCCAGCAGUUGACCACAUCUCUGUGGGGGUCCCCGCCCAGGAAUGCUUCGGCUUACUGGGCCAGAAUGGCGCGGGAAAGAGCACAACUUUCAAGAUGCUGACUGGCCUAGAGGAGCCCACUGAAGGGAACGCCUACGUGAACAAAUUUGAUAUCAAAAACAACAUUAAAGAUGUCCAAGCCAACAUGGGAUACUGCCCUCAGUUUGACGCUCUUCUGGAUCACAUGACUGGCAGAGAGACCUUGACCCUGUUCUGCAAUCUGAAGGGUGUGCCGAAAGAACACAUCAGCUCAGUGUGCGAUGACCUCAUCGAUGUCCUCAUGCUGAAGCCUCACGCAGAUAAGCUUGUCGGUGCUUAUAGCGGUGGCAACAAACGCAAGCUGAGCACAGCGCUGUCUCUGGUCGGGGACCCAGCCUUUAUCCUGCUGGAUGAGCCCACCUCGGGGAUGGACCCUGGCGCCAGGAGGCAGCUGUGGACUGUUCUCUCACAAGUCCGCGCCUCCGGCCGUACUCUAGUGUUGACGUCACACAGUAUGGAAGAAUGCGACGCACUGUGUACUCGUAUCGCCAUUAUGGUCAACGGUCGGUUCAUGUGUCUGGGCAGCCCACAACAUCUGAAAAACAAGUUUGGUCAAGGCUACACCCUCAUUGCCCAGAUGGGUCACUUGACGGAUGGCCAAAUGGCGCCUAAUGAGCCUGUGAUUGAGUUUAUCCAGUCACAAAUCUCAUCUGCCAAAGUUUUCGAUGAUCAUUUCGGCUACAUUCACAUCCACAUUGAAGACUCAAACGUGAAACUAGCCAAUAUUUUCUCUCUGAUGGAGGGGGCUAAACAAAGUCUGAACGUCCAGGACUACUCAGUGCAUCAGACCACGCUUGAGCAGGUGUUUUUAAGCUUCGUCAGACAUCAAAAAGCCAGAGCACCUGAUGACAAGAAGCGUUCCAAUCCACUGUCUUGUUUUGCACCAUGCCUGCCCUGCUGUCGCUGUCGCACGUGCUGUUGAUUUGUUACAGACUUUUUCUUAUAAUAUCAAGAAAUUUACUGCGGAUGGUUUGCGGGUGCUCCGGUGUUGUUUAUUCUUUCUUUCCUACCAAACUUCUUAUCUUCUUUACUUCUCAGCUAAAUGUAUGUAAUACUUGUUAGCUACAGCACCUAAAAUAUUCUAUGUAAUACUUGUUAGCUUCAGUAAAAAAAAGACAGUAGUAUCUAUUUGUUUUUCAAGUUCCGUAAACUUUUACUAAAACUCAAAUUCAAAUGUAAAAUAUUAGUCAGUCAUAGUUUUGCAUUAAAUCAUGAGGCACGCAACAUACCUAGUUUAAAUUGUA